ACCUGAUUUUUCUCUUUACAGGAAAAAUGACGUUGGGUUUGGCAAGCAGUUUCAAUGAUUUCGUAGUGGAGAUAGUUACCAAGGCGAAAAGGGCAGAGGAAGCGAGAGAUAGGAAAGAGGCAUGCAUCCUUACAGUACCGAUCGCCAUUGUAGGCGAAAGCACCAAGUUCUACCAUUCCACCAUGGUGUCACUUGGCCCUUAUCAUAAUUACUCUCCCCAAUAUCAUGGCAAGAAGAUCGAGGAGUCACUCACGGAGAAAGGAAAGGAGCGGCGGAAGCAGCUUGAUGGAAUGGCAUCAGACAAGCUGUUAGCCACAAGAAGAUUUUGGAAGCUUACCGAUGAUCAACAUCACAAAGGAAAGCUUCAAGCUAUGGUGGAGGUAUGUGAUCGGAAGAAAGUAACUGAUAAAUAUGACAGAGAUUUAUCUCAUAUCCCGACAAAGAAAUUUGCUCAGAUGUGCUUUGUAGACGUGGCGUUUCUGCUGGAAUUUCUCAACACUUUUGUUAUGGGUUUCAAUAGACUAGAGGAUGGUAGCGGUCUCAGCAGCACCAUUCCGCCAGUUUACAGUGGAUGGGAUGACGCCUCUGCUCAGGUAAGUUCCAGUAAUCCUGUUUUCUAUGAACGCAGUAACAAUCCAGUGCUCUUCACCAUUUUAAUGGAUGUCAUGAAAGUGGAGAACCAACUGCCUAUGGUGGUUCUUGAAAAAGCAAUGGAGGUAACAGGGAAAAGGCCCCUGUUGGAGGAUUUGCUCCGCCAUUUGUGUUGCCAUAUUUCCCCUAUAAAUUCCCAAUCUCCAUGGCCUUGUAAGAGCACUCUCAAUUUGAUAGGAUGCAAACAUCUCUUAGAUUGCUUACGCCUUACGCUUGUCUCUAAAGAUUCUUGGCUUUCCUAUAAGAAACAGUUGAAGCAGGCAUCACCAAUUUCUGACUCCUCUGCUUCCGAUUGUGAUUUCAGAUCCCCUGUGCUAAAGUUUUUAUAUUGUCUUCUUAGUCCAUGUCUUAGGAAAAAGGAAACUCCUGAGAUAAGCGAUGAAAGGUAUCUCCCAUACGGAGCAGAGAAACUUAAAAAAGCUGGAGUGGCGUUCAAAGUAAUGGAUCAUGGCGGGAUCCAUGAUAUCUCUUUCGACAAGCAGACUGGCACUCUGCUUCUUCCGGAAAUUGAUGUUGGAGUGUGGACAGAAACAAUUUUCAGAAAUUUAUUGGCAUAUGAGGCUUGCUAUAAAAGUGGAAGCAGUGAGCUUUUAGAGAUGAGUAGCGACGAAGAUCAAAAAGUACUCACUCGAUUCGUCCUGUUUAUGUCCCAGUUAGUGGAAACAGAAAAAGAUGCAGAUGUUUUGAGAGAGGAGAAAAUCAUUCAGAACAAUCUGGGUGACAGCAAAGAGGUGGCCAGGAUGUGGAUCGAUAUGAACAGUUCAAGAUGGAUACCGAAAUGCAACCAAUUUGAUGAGAUUACAAGGGAGCUGAAUGGGUACAUCGGCCAACAAUGGGUUGUCUGGUUCGCUGAAAUAUGGGAAGAAUACUUGUCGAAACCUUGGCUAGUCUUGGCCGUCAUUAUAGCGGUUAUUGUUUUUGCGGAAACCCUCGUAAGUCUCUGGAGCAGUCGGAAGGGCAACAAUUAAUGCGUGUUCUCAAUAGAUUGAAUAAACCAUUGAUUGUGGCUAUUUUUAUAUUCCUAUGUUUGUGUAUGCCCUUUUAGGAGGCGGCUAUUGUCCAGAAUACUGUUUGCCUUACAGUAAAAGGAAAAUUUAUCCUGACUGUUCUGAUUAGAUUGAGGUUUCCCAU